UUACGUCAGGUACCCCCGCCCUGCAUGACGCGCUCCGUGCGUCAGGUGAGGCCCCGGCUCCAGGUGAGCGGCGGCCCCGGGGACAAGAGCCCGGUCGCGGGGAGAGGCCGAGCCGGAGCCCGGGGACAGGAGAGGCCCAGCCAGGCCGCGCACUCAGCCCCUGCCCCCUAAACCCUCCAUAACUCACCUUUAAACCAAGCCAGCCGCCCAACACAAGGUAUUUGACUAACUAACCAUUAAUACUAGCGUAACUAGCGAUGAAAACUACAAAUAACUAACCAGUUAAAGUCUGGGGACUAAAAUAACUAACUGUUGCUGCUUAAAAACUGGUGAAUGUAAAAUAACCUGGUGUUUGGGAACAGUCUAGAGUAAACUAACUAACUAUUGGUGUAUGGGACUGAUUAGUGUAACAUAACUAGCUCUUAACCUAUGGAGAUUGUAAACAAAAUAACUAUUGGUAUCUGGGAUCUAUUUAAAGUAAAAGAAUGAACUAUUAACCCAUGGAGUUUGCUUAAAUUAAAUUACUAACCAUUAAUGUAAUGUUAUUGAUUAAAGUGAAUCAUCUCCUGGUGUCUGGGGCUUGACUAAAGUUAAGGAACUAAACACUAACCUGUGGAAGCUGCUUAAGGCAAAAUAAUUAACCCUUAACCUUGGUUUAGUUUAGAGAUACAGCACGGAAACAGGCCCACCGAGUCCGCACCGACCAGCGAUCUCUGCACACUAACACCACCCUACACAAACUAGGUACUAUUUAUAUUUAUACCAAGCCCAUUAACCUACACGCCUUUGGAGUGUGGGAGGAAAGCGAAGACCUCGGAGAACGUGCGAACUCCGUACAGACAGCAACCAUAGUCGGGAUCGAACCCGGGUCUCCGGCGCUGUGAGGCAGCAGCUCUACCCGCUGCACCACCCUCUGAUCAAAGUAAAAUAACUAAUAAGUAACAUCACUUAGUCAUUUAUAGCUGGGGUAUUUGCCCGAUAACUAGAUUAUUGGGGCUAAUUGUUUGGUGGUGGGAACUAAUUUUAAACUUCAGUAGCUAGUUAAACUAGAGUAACUAGUUAUUAAAGGCUAGUUGUUAACUGAACAAACUGCUCCGUAAUCAAAGGGAGUUUGUUGUUAAUGUAGGGCAACCAGGGGUAAUAUGUGCAACUAACCGAUUACCCCAGUAAAUAGUUGACUAAGCAAGCUGCAGUAACGGAUUGUUGGUCAGGGAGUCCACUAACUCGUAACUGGAGAGUGACCAGCCUUUAACUCAGCGGUUCAGGCAGCAUCCCUGGAGUAAAGGAACAGGUGACGUUUCGGGUCGAGACCCUUCUUCACACCCCAUUUUGGAAGUCUUUCAUGAGCUUGGUUUGGACGUGGCAGAGAGUGAUCGGUCACUGGUUGAAGGGACAGAGUUACCUGGUGGUUUCGGAGAGAGCCGUCGGGGAGGGGGGAGUGGUCCUGUCACAAGGGGUGUCCUGACUACAUGGUUCUGAGGGACACUGGGUUUCAGCCGCCCUGCAGCAGUCAGGACAAGAAGACAUGCCGAUUUGGUGGAGGCCACCCAGGAAAGAUGGCUGGCAGCUGACUCAGACGGAAACGCAGGCCGGGAGGAAUCGAGUGAAGGAAGUUUGCCAGAAGUUCCAGAUUCUGGGAGACCAAACAGUCGCGCACGUCUUACAGGAACAGGAAGUGGAGGAGCACCUGUCUGCCAACAAGCAGAAGGCUCGGCAGGACCGGCAGAGCCUGAAGGUGGCCCUGACUCUGCAGGAGCAGGAGGAUGCACACAGCUGCGAUCCCGACACACCCAGCAAGGAGAUGGAGAUGGCGUCUGGACCUUCGGGGGAGAAUGAGGAGCCGGCGGGCCGGAGAGACGAAGUCUUCAUACUGUGUGAUCGGCCCCGAUCUCGCCACCCGUUUGUUGCGCGCCCCUCCCCGUGCGAGGGGGAGAGCGAGGAGUCCGGGCGGAGCGGACGGGGACCAGCGCCCAGCCCCGGGACCACCCCCUCGCACGGGGAGCCCGUCUGGAGGCCGCGGGGCGUAGGCGAGCGGCGCGGAGACCGGGGCGAGGGGGAGCGCCGCGCCGAUCGGAACGCCGCCUCCGACUCGGAGAUUCGGCCGCGGCGCCGCCGGCAGCAGAGACGGGGACCCAGGGACGGGGGGCGGGCGAUGUCGGAGCUGGGGCGACGGCCCCAGCGCAAGGCGGCGGAGAUGGACCCCGGCUCCAGCCGGCACCUCCUCACCGUCGACUCCCGGAGCGAAAACCUCCAUCACUCCCCCCUCAACCCUCCUGAGGGGCCACGAAGCAUCCCCAUCACCGAUUGGCCGCCAAUGAGAAGCAGGUCCGUCACCCAUUGGUCAAUGGGAAGCACGGCCAACACCUAUUGGAUGUUGAGAGACAAGUCCGUUACCCAAUAG